AUGGACUCCUGUGUACAAGCACGACUGCAACGGUUGUCAAAACUAGGCAUCCCAGCUGACUCACCUGAAGUCAAGACCGCAGCAGAACAUCAACAACUCCUUAUGGCUGGCCAUGAACAACCCAACAUGCACGCGAUCUAUCAGAAUCAUCUCGAAAAUGUAAAGGCAUCAACACCAACACUACAGGUCAAGAAAACUAGAGGACGUUCACAGAUCGGACACCAAAAUCAGCAGACUCAAUACGAAUAUUCUCUCGAUGUAGUUUCGUACGAAGGAGGUGACUUCGACGGAUCAGAAGAUGCUGGAUAUGCAGACGAAAACUACAGUGAGUACGGAUCGGUCAACAGUUCAGGCAACAAGAUGGACGCCGGCACAGUCUUGAGAAGUAGGAAAUCUCAUACACAUGAACUGCGCACUAUGACAUCUACAACCCAGCUAUCUCAGGAACUACGGGACACACUGGUCGAGCACCACCAAAACGCGCGAGGCUAUUCCGAGCUGGACGACCAACGUUUCUACCCAUCUUCCGGAAAGAACCUACCACGAUCCCCGCCCAGAGACGAGGUGAUCGUCCCCAAGAAAGGUCCAAAAGGCAAACACCAACGCGUCAGAGCCAGAGCCAUCGACCCAACAUCCGCCUACGCCCAAGAGAAAUCCUCAUCCACGCAACCACCCCUCCCAGACUUCUCAGCAGAACCAAACCAAUACACGCACCUAUCCACAAACAGAGUAACCAAACCCUCAUCCCGCCGCUCCACAAUCAUAAGCAGCGCCCUCCGUCCCGAUUCCCCCGCCUUCUCCUUCGCUCAACCACGCCCCCAGCCUACCCCCCACCAAAACUCCCUGCUCCAACUCCUCACACAGUCGCAGUCGCAAUCCUCGCAGCCCCCGUCUACAGACGCUAAAUCCGCCGCCGCGUACCUGAACCAGGUGAACCGCAUCGCGCAGGGUCGCGAGGGCAUGCUCACACCUAACACGUACAGUAACAGUUACAGCACACCCGCCAAUUUCACGACGCUAUCACAGAACUCUGAUGAAUUCGCCUUUGGCUCUUCUGGGUUUCCGAAUACGAGCUCGACGGGUUAUUUUGAUAGUUAUGCGUAUCAGGGUGCGCCGGCGCCGAGAGUGUCGAGGAUGGCGCAGGUUCCAAGGUAUGAGGGGAUGGGGUUUGGAGGGUCGGGGAGCCAGGCGUUUGAAGGGGUGAGUGGGGUUGGGAGGACGGGUGUUCCGUAUCAGAUUCUGAGGGGGACGACGCAUUAUGGGACUUAUUAG